CAAAGCGGAGAGGGAGCAGAGGCGGGGUAAAAAUAGACAACACUGUAGCACACCUCACUGAGGGAACGCAGUGAUGCCCUGUAGCCUGAGAAAAAUUGUGUCAAACAGACACCCAGCUUAGUUUAGGGCAACUGGAGAAAUGGAUAUCGACGGUGCAUAUGUAGCCCUGGUCAUUGUAUGUCUGGCCUUGUUAAUCUCCGUGUGCCUCAACAUCACCUUCUGUAUGAGACAGAAAGACACUUGGUGCAAAGAACCACAUAACUGCUGCCAUCUUCACAGUUCAGAAGAAGCGCUGUUUAAUGAUGAAGGACAAUAUUUGAGUGGCAUCAGUCAUCGAGAGCAGCAGGAAAAUCCCCACAAUGAAGAAGAGCGACAGGAAAAUCCAAUCUAUGGCAACAUCAGCACAGAAAGACGUGGUUCUGCAGAUGCUUGCUAUGAGACGAUGUCCAUGCCGCGCAGUAGAGAUUGCCUAAAGCCUGUAGAGCCUGACCUGAAUUAUGCUUCGCUGGAUCUGAAGAUUGCGAAAAAACGCAAGAAACACCGUCACCUGCAAGGCCAGGGACAAGGACGCAACAAGCAGCAGGAUCUGCAGGCAGACCACCUCACUCCUCCUUCCAACGCCUUCUUGGAGAUAGAUGCGGAAGUGGAUGCUCACCUGCCCUGCAGAGACACUGCCGUCAUGGUCUCUCACAGCAGCAUCUAUCUCAACAGUCAACAGAUAGCACAGGAAGCCGAGGAGAUGCAAAGAGAGAGGGGCAUCAACAUGGAGGAGAAGGAAAUUAUAGGAUGGGAUGGCUUACAAGAGAGCGUGAGAGGAGGAAGAAGAAAUUGGGCGGAAAAUCCUGAAAACUGGGAAAGAAAAGAAAAGCAUAAUGGAAGUGAUGGGAAGAUAUGUAUACAGAUUUCAGAGGAAGAAACUAUUCUGAGUUGUUCAGAUCAAGUCACUGACAGCUUUAGUCAUGAUAGCGGCUAACUACAUAUUUAUAUAUAAGUCAAUUACUUGUCUCAAAUGUUUUACAAUGUUUUCUAGAAAAC